UCUAAAAAAACUAUGUCGAAGAAGCGCCAGCUCUCGGCCCUGGUGAAUUUCGUGAGCCGCCUCCGCGCAAACAGAACGAAGGCGCGGACUCGGGCUUUCAUGCGCUGGCGUCUCAAUCUAGAGGCGUCGCGCGCGGCGGCGGCCGAGCGCCUCUCGUCACAAAUCCUGGCGCGGGCCGCGGCGGCGUCGGCGCGCGGCCAGCGCCUCGCAUGCGUCGUCCUCGCGUCGACGAUGCUCAAGAGCUGGCGCCGGAGCGCGUUUCGACGGUGGCGGCGGCCACGCCGGAUCUCCCUCGAGCGGCCCACGAAGGCCAUCGAGUACCGUCCAGCCGAGGGCGACCGCUCGCCGACGACGCCGGUCACGCCGCCCCGAGCGAUCGUGACGUGGUCGGCGCCGGCGACGCCGUCGACGCCGCUGCGGGACCGCGCCGCGGACCGCGGCUUCAACCGCAUCGCGUCGCCCGCCGAGAACCGCGAGGAGGCGGCCGCCGCCGCGCGGAUCGCUCAGGUCGGCCGCAAGAUCCAGCGCCUCUUCGACGCCUACGGCGACCAGGGCCUGAUGAACCAGUACUCGUUCGGGCUUAUGGCCGUCGACUGCGCGCUCGUGCCGACGCUCACGGACGACGUCGACGAGGUGAUUGCGGUGCUCGGGCCGAAGGAGGAGUUGGACUUCGAGGACUUUUGUCUGGCCCUCGCGCGCGUCGGCCUGGCCCACGGUACUGGGAGGGUUGCGGGGGAGGCCGAUCCAAUCAGAGCGCUACUCGUCGUCAUCGCGUCGAGCGACGGCUUCGCCCAGGCGCAGCGGACGCCGUCCCGGAAGUCGCUCCGGGACUUCUCCCCGCCGUCGCCGAUGGCUGCGCUGCAGUUGUGAGACGCCCGCCGCGCCCUGACCUCUGG